AUGGAGACCGAUUCCCUGAGCAAAACCAACUUAGGUAAAGUUAGAUGUAACAGAAAAGUGGGACGGACCAAGUACGAACAACAUGGGCCUGAAAUUGAGAAAUGGUGGAAUGAAUUAUUCGAGGCUCUGGAAGGUGAUGCUGCCAUUGAACCCGACAAGCGGUUGCCGCUUCUCCGAGAAGUGUUCCCACAAAGGUUCCUUCAAAAAAUCUUAUCGAUACUGAGUGUUCAAGACAUAAAAUUUAAAAACUAUUUGACACUACCAGCUGAUACCCCAAAGGAAAAGAAGAAGAAGAAAUUGGUGACCGACUCCAGCCUGAAUCUUGAUUCAGGAAAAUCUGUUAUAGACGUACGUGAGAAAAAAUUGUGCGCCAAACAAGUAGAAACCAGAUCGUCUACUAGCAUUCAGAAGAAAUUCUUUAGUGGCGAAUCGGAAUUGUUGAGGGAGAAUCCCUAUACGAAUUUCUUCAAACGUCGACCUGAUCGAGCUGCUAUAUGGAGAGAACUACCACCUCUAAGCCUAGAAGAAAUGAAUCUAAGUCAAAAAGCGGACGCAAUAGCCAGAUCAAUAGCUACAAAUUUUGUGGAGUGGAUAAAAACCCUUGGUGGUGACGAGGAAACGUCAAUAAAUGUUCAGAGUGUGAUGGAAAUGUUUGAAAUUGCAUCGCAAAAUGACUCGACUAGGACUUUGAGAGUAGAGUUGAAGGAAAUGCCGUCGGUUCCAUCAAAAGUAGCCGAAUUUAUGAGAGUACCCCAGAUGUCCAAUACUGUCAUGCUACAUCGAGAAAUAAAGAGAGACAAGAUGGCUACAAAGAAGAAACGUCAAAUCGUCGCUUUUGGGAGGCGGUUGCCCAGUGAAAUGCAAGUGAGACCCUUGGACGGGAAGCAGUACAGGAAAUGGCAACGAUGUGAAAGAGUUCCUGAAAAAAUUGCCACAAUGGCAGCUGUUUGGCAGGGAAUAACCCACUUGAGGUCCACAAAGGCUUUCUGUGAAUUUAUAUUCAACGAAAAAACUGAUAUAAAACCACCAAAGUAUCUGGUAGACACGGGUAUGAUGGAUCCAAGAUCGUUUGCCAUGAAGGGAGAUAAACGACCAAGCCAUGCGUCUUCUUUUGGAGAAGUGUCACAUUUAGCUGCAAUAUUCAAUGAAAUUUAA